GGCGGCCGUUUUGGGCUGUUUCUCCCUACGGAGCGGUGCGGAGCGGGAGAUGGGGGUUUCAUUUGGGUAUACUACUAGUCCUUGAGAGAUCCCCCGCUGCGGUUCCAGGCUCAAGUGAAGGUGAGUUUACUUACUGGUGCUAUUAAGUGGCUGGAGAGGGGGGAGGGGGGUAUAUUUCCUGGUUGUGUCCUGCCCUUUGGUCUUGGGAUUGGGACCUGGCGACUGGCGCCUUUGAACAUUGCAGACCAGGAUCCUUGCCUACUACUAUACUCAGUAGUAGCUGUCUGUGUAUUAUCUGAUACUCUCACUCUACUAUUUACCAAAGUAGACAACUUCACGAUGCACCUCUCCCUGCUGGCCCCCUUGUCCCUCCUGCUUGGACCCGUCUUCGUCUCGGCGCAGGGCGCGUCGGGCAGCGGGCGGACGACGCGGUACUGGGACUGCUGCAAGCCGUCGUGCGCGUGGCCGCGCAAGGGCAACUCGCCUUCCCCGGUACGGACGUGCGACAAGAACGACAACCCGCUCAACGACGGCGGCAACACGCGCUCCGGCUGCGACAGCGGCGGCUCCGCCUACAUGUGCUCCUCCCAGAGCCCCUGGGCCGUCAACGAGACGGUCGCCUACGGCUGGGCCGCCGUCAACAUUGCGGGCUCCAACGAGGCCGCUUGGUGCUGUGCCUGCUAUGAGUUGACUUUUACCAGCGGGCCAGUGGCGGGUAAGAAGAUGGUUGUGCAGGCGACUAAUACGGGAGGGGAUCUGGGGAAUAAUCACUUUGAUAUUGCGAUGCCCGGCGGUGGUGUCGGCAUUUUUAACGCAUGCACCAACCAAUACGGCGCGCCGCCAAACGGCUGGGGCCAGCGCUACGGCGGAAUCGGAUCCAAGAGCGAGUGUGAGAGCUUCCCCGAGAAGCUCAAGGCCGGAUGCAAUUGGCGCUUCGAUUGGUUCAUGGGCGCCGACAACCCGGACGUCACCUUCAGGCAGGUGGCCUGCCCGGCCGCCAUCACGGCCAAGAGCGGCUGCACCCGCCAGAACGACGUCAUCAACGAGACGCCCACUGGGCCGUCCACCGUGCCCACUUGGACCCCGUAGAGGGGAGCUCAGCGGGUGGUAUCAUCGUUGCCAAUACUACUAACCAGUAGGCACUGUGGAAGAAGAAAUGGUUCAACUGCGCUGCAGCUCCAGUAUAUAAGUAAGCCUGAAGAUAGACA